AUGUCAAAGAACCGAGUUUUUAGUGAGCAUGCUAUUAAAAAUAAUCAACCACGUAAAUGGUGGUAUCGCCGUCGAAUUACAAUCAUUAGUAUUUUUGUCAUCAUUUUAAUAAUUUUUGGAAUUACACUUGGUCUAUUGUUAAAAUUUGUGAUUCUUGCACAGAAUAACUUACAAAACAUUAGCACUGCUACCGCAACACGAUUAUCAACGCCAUCAUUAAUAACAAUACCAAUAUCAACCUUACCAAUAACAUCGACAACAUCAUUGACAACUUCACACUCAUCAAUGUCAACAUUACUAUCUACGUCAACGUCAAUGACAACAUCUACAACAACAUCAACAAAAACACCUGCAACAACAUCUAUAACAAAGUCUACAGAAACAUCUACAAUAGUGCCUACAACAAUAUCUACAAUCAUGUCUACAGAAACAUCCACAAUAGUGCCUACAACAAUAUCUACAAUCAUGUCUACAGAAACAUCCACAAUAGUGCCUACAACAAUAUCUACAAUCAUGUCUACAGAAACAUCUACCACAACACCUACAACAACAUCUAUAUCAACAACAGCGUUUACAACAAUGACAACAGCAACAACAAUGUUGACAUCAACAUCAUCUUUAUCAAUAGCAUCAACGACUACCACUCACCAGCCAGGUAAGCUGUAA